AGAAAGAGAGAAGUUUUCUACAUCGAAGUCUGUCUGUAAAGCCAGGUACCUUUGUGCAAAGCGCUGUUAUUUAAGUCAUCGCCUGACGAGGCAUCAAGAGCUGCCGAAGCUUUGGUCGUGGAGUCUUCUGAGCUACUCCCACAACAAUCACACCUUCAGUGAAGCUCCUCCCACUGCAGUUCAUCAAUAAAUGCUGGAAUAUUCCCAUCAGUCUACAAGUGAAGACAAGCAUCAAAGCAUCAGGAAGAAGUUAAAUAUGCAGAGACAGAGUUUAUUGAAGGACAGAGAGAAGAUGAGAGAUCCAGAACCCUGCAGAAUCAAACACACUGAAAAACAAACAGAAAACGAGGAGAAUGAAGAACUGAAUGAAGAGGAGGAGAAACAUCAUGUCAAAACUGGAGAAAAACCUUUGAGUUGCUCUCAAACCAAACAGAAAGAUUUAAAGAAAAGUAGAGACAAGAAAUCUUUUACCUGCACUCAGUGUGGAAUGAGUCUCGGAAACAAACAUAGUCUUGAGAUUCACAUGAGGAUCCACACUGGAGAGAAACCAUACACAUGUGAUCAGUGCGGGAAGAGUUUCACACAAUCAUCAUCCCUUAAGGAUCACAUGAUCAUCCACACUGGAGAGAAACUGCAUGAAUGUGAUCAAUGUGGAAAAACAUUUUUUAAGGCUUCAAACCUGAAGGGUCACCUGAAAGUACAUUCAAAAGAGAAACCACAUUCAUGUUCUUUAUGUGGAAAGGGGUUUUCACAUUUGCAGAAUUUAAAAGUUCAUCAGAAGAUACACACUGGUGUGAGAGAAUAUAUGUGCUUUGAGUGUAAGAGGACAUUUAUUACAGCUGAUCAAUUGAAACUGCACCAGAGGAUCCACACUGGAGAUAAACCUUACAAGUGUUCACACUGCGACAAGAGAUUCAGUCGGUCAGGAAAUUUGAAAACCAUGAGAUGAUCACACUGGAGAGAAACCUUACAAGUGUCACUCUGUGACAAGAGAUUCGGUCAGUCAGGAGACCUUAAAACACAUGAGAGGAUCCACACUGGAGAGAAACCGUAUCACUGCACUGUAUGCGGGAAGAGUUUCACUCAUUCAUCUUCUCUACUCAAGCAUAACAAAAAAAACAUUCAAAGUCAGUAGUAGGGGUUGCACAGACUAAUCGACGAGUCGACUUCAAUGCUGUGCCAUGACGCUCUAAGCUCGAUGUUGACUAGUCGUUGGUCCUAUAGAGGGCACAACAGGAUAAUAAACCUUUGAAGGACUUCCACAUUUAUGCUCCGUUUCCAAACAGUUAAAAUGUCAAAUAAAUGUAUACUCCGAAAGCUCCACAAGACAUGUGUGAUGAUAUUACUGGAUGCUCGAAAUUGAACGGGAGAAUGCACGUUUUAAACAACUUAUUGUACAGGUCAAUUAAUCGCUGUUCUAAUCUAAUGCGCUGCUGCACUGUAACGCACACACAUAAGCCUCGUUUCCACUGCUGGAACUUUACCCAGGAACUAGGAACUUUGGGCUGGUACUCGGUGUGUUUCCACAGCAGAAACC